AGGGAGCUAGUCAGAGAAAAAAACGACCUCAACCCUACCCCGGUACAGGCAGUAGCACUGGCAACCGCCGUCUCUUUGUUCUAGACUGGCUUUGACAACAGAAAAGUGAUAUUUAGAUAUUUUAUUCCUCCAUGCCAUCGCGAAAAUAUACAGAGAUGGACUCAAACGGGGCCGAGUUUACAGAUCAUUGUGGCUCCUACUCCAAGAGGAGGAGGCACGACAGCGAACUGUCUGUCUCCAGUGGAACCUCUGGCUUGGAGUACACAGACCUGGAGGCAGCUGAGGCGCUUGUGUGUAUGAGUUCCUGGGGCCAGGGUCACAGGCCGAACCCCUGUAAGCCGAGACCUCUCACACCAGCUUCGGACUCCUGUGACUCACUCCUGCCACCAGAACUUCCAGAGCCCCCAAAGGACUUUGUGUCCCUCUCUUCCCUGUGUAUGACUCCCCCUCACAGCCCCAGCUUUGUUGAGACUUCAACGCUCCACUCAAGCUCUGGCCUGGCUGUGUCCUCACAACACUGUGGUUCCGGGCUUCAUCAACCUGUCCUGGCACCCAUUGCUGAAAAGACCCCCUCCCUUCCCCGUCUGCCACAGCCCUGCAGAGCCAUGGCGACCAGCGUCAUCCGCCACACCGCAGACAGCAACCUCUGCCAACACCACAUUCCAGUGGCCCCUAAUUCAGAGAAAACUAGAGACACAGUAAGGGCCGCAGCGGUCUGCCAGCAGCAACAGCAGCAGCAGCAGCAACGCAUUACAAAGACUGAUCAGAUAAGCACACCUCCAUCCCCUCCUGCUCCUCUCACGCCCACAUUACCUGCCUCAAAAAUAGAGCAGCCCAGCAGCCCCUCAAAAUCCUGUUUGGACAGUUUCUCCACCCCUACUCAUGUCAAUACCCAACCACAAAACAGCCCACCCACUCCCGCUGCUCCUACAGCCCUGUCCCCGCCUUCAGUCACCAGCCCUCAAAUCAUCUGCCAGAUGUUCCCUGUCAGCAGCCAGUCAGGUAUAAUCUCAGCCUUCAUCCCCGGCGCAGUUCAAACAUCCAGCACAGGCAUUCGGACCGCCACCACAUCCAUCCUCCCCCAGCCCGCCUCAGCUAACGGCGCCCCUGUCCAGCAGUCCCUCAUUGUGGGCUCGGCAGUGCCCCAGGCCACUGUAAUGCUGGUUCUCCCCCAGUCCUCUGUCUCUCAGGCCCCUCACUGCCCUCAGACUGUCAUGACCCUGGGCAACACCAAGCUGCUACCUCUGGCCCCAGCACCGAUGUAUGUGCCAGCGGGGCCCAGCAGUGGUACAACAACCACAAAGAUGGACUUUUCCCGCAGGAGAAACUAUGUCUGCAACUUCCCAGGCUGCAGGAAGACAUAUUUUAAGAGCUCACACCUCAAGGCUCACCUAAGAACACACACAGGUGAGAAGCCUUUCAGCUGCAGCUGGGAUGGCUGUGAUAAGAGGUUUGCCCGCUCUGAUGAACUCUCGCGCCACCGGCGAACACACACCGGCGAGAAGAAAUUUGUGUGUCCCGUGUGCGACCGGCGGUUCAUGCGCAGUGAUCACCUCACCAAACACGCACGCCGUCACAUGACCACAAAGAAAAUUCCCUCCUGGCAGGCCGAUGUUCGGAGCCUGAACAAAAUGGCUGCUGGCAAAACACCUCCCUCAAAACCUGGCCUUGCCACGCUAGGCAUGCUGGUGCCUGCCGGCUCAAAGUAGACAAUGAACACUGCCAUCCUACCCACUCCCAAGAUACCACAGGGAGCAGCCAAGCACACAAGGCUGCUGCUAUUUUACUCAUGGGAAUUAAAGAAAAAAACAUGCACUGGACUCCUUUUUCCUUUAAACUGCUCAUUAGUACAUGUAUUUUUCUCUAAAGGAUUCUUUUGUUUAUUAUGAUAUAAUUGAUAAUAUGUAUGCACUCUCACCAAAGCCUUUGUAUGAAGUUUGUCUUAUACAUUUCAUCUUCUCCACCCCUGCGACAACACUUUUGAUCAGUAUCAUCACACUUUGGUUGUGUUGAUAGUGAUAUAUAUAUAUAUAUUUCUCUAUGUGAAUUUAUUGUUUUGUGUAUUAUGAAAUGCAUUUAUUUGUCAUAUUUGGGAAAAUGUUAACAUGAAAAAACAUGUAAAUAUGAAUAUUAUUCAUCAGUACUAUGAUUAUACCAUGAUUAUAUCUCCCUGUCUAACUUUUUGUAUUAUUUAAUACAUAUUUGUAAUAAACAAAAGAUUAAAUGA